AUGUUCGAGCGGCUCGACCCGUGGAGCCUCUUGUUAGGUUGGGUAGGUUGUGCGCCGCGCAAUUUCUCCGACCUUGUGCUGCUUUCCCUGGCUAGUUGGCUGACUGGUUUCAUCUGCGGGGCUUUGGUUGUCAUCUUCUGCACUAGCAGGGUUGCCCGGAGCAUUCUGUGGAAUUGCCUCGGCGUCAUCGCGCACGAGCUCCGAGACUUGGUUGCUCAGAUCACUGAACUGGUGGGGCAGCUGAACAUCACCGUGAACGUUGCUGUCAAUCGAACCACCUUAUCCUUCAACCUCGACUUUCUCGGGUACUACCUCCUUGUGGGCUUCUUCAACCUGCAGAGCCCCCUUCCGAGGCGCUGUGCCUUGACUCGGCAGUUGAGAGCGUGUUUGGGAGGCCGAUCCGCCAAGCUGCGCCGACAGGAUCGUGCGUCGUGUGCUCUCCUUCGGCAACCAGCCCUUCCUGGGCGGCGAGUGGUCCACCUGGUGACCCAAGUGGCCGAGCCUUUCUAUGCCUUUUCAUCCGACUCCUACCUCCGCAUCGUCAAGCCCAGCGAAGCCUGGGACCCGACAUCAGAUCUGGCGGAAGCUCUGGAGGAGCCUUCGGGCCAUGGACAAAACGGAAAGGAACUGGCGUCCAAGAGCUGGCCGUGCUUGCUGGUGGACCUCCAUGCUUCAGGCAUAGACAUGUUCAGCGCAGCUCUGCCCGACGUUGGAGAAGUCACUUCUUUCGGCACUCACAGACUACAAUCUUCAUGGGUUCUGGGCUCUGCUGCCGUAACCGCUUUGGAAACCUUUCUGAACGGAGAAGAGCUUUCAGUGGAGGCCGUCGAGCGCUUGGAAGGGUACUACACGGCUGCUUCGGAGGCCGAACUGGACGCUGUGCCUUUGACAUCAGCGCCUUCCAUGGAUGGAGGUAUCUUGCAGCAGCUUCUGGCCCAAGGCCAGCAACAAGCUCAGCUCUUGAGCGGCAUUCAGUCCCGGCUGAACUCCCUCGACGAGCUCGAGGCACGGCUGUCUCUUUUGGAAGGUCCUCCUGCGGGGGCCGGUGUGGGCGAGAAACAGCCCACAUGGGCCCCGCAGCUCUUCAACGAGGGCGUCAAGGCGCGGCUGGACCAAGAACAGCUAAAGCAGCUGCUGGCGCUGGCCGGGCGGGGCCCCAAGAACCUUCAAGAUCUGCCAGGACCAUCAAGAGCUCCCCCCCGCUUGCUGCAGGCCACUCCGAAGAUUUCUCCUCAACCGAAGCUCUCGUUCGCCGUCCCUACCUUCGACAUUGGGUCCGAGGACGCCGAGGAGGAGAAAGACGACAUCCUGAGCAAGCUUUUGGUCCAGCAGACCAAGAUCCUGUCCCAACUCACUGCCUCCGCCACGAAGUCUUCGGAUCCUCUUCACCUUCUAGGCGGGAGCGGCGGAGGCGGAGACGACGAGACGAAGGUGGCCGGGGUGCGGGGUAUGGCUGCAAGGCAGCUAUUGAAGGAGCAAUUCCAGAAGCACCCGGAGCGGGUGUACCAGAAAGUCAGGGAGCGCCUGGCUCAGGCUCGCCGCAAAGCAUCGCCAGUCGACUUGGAGGCCCGAGACAUGUUUCUGCACUUCCAGGAGACGGUCCCCUUGGGCAACUACAAGACCUUGACCUACCUGGCCUUUCUCCUCUGCGACGCUUGGGAGGCGAUCGAGCAAAACCGAUCGGCCGAUGUGUGCGCUCUCAUCUCUCUGGGACUCAUCUUCUGCGAGCAGGUGGCGAACGAGCAAGGACACACUCGACUGGCAUGGCUCCUAACUUGCCGCGAAGACCCGCCGUUCUCGAUAGUAGAACAGAGGAAGGCUCCCCGAGCAGAGGUGCCUCACGGCAUGCUGUCAGAUCCGAGAUGGGUGGCUACGCAGUUGGGGUACCUGAAGGACGUCGACCUGAUCCAGGACAGGACCGCCAAGGCGCACCACCCGAAGAACCCGAACCACGCCAGCAACCACGACGAGCCUCCAGGCGGCAAGGGCAAGCGCAGCGGCAGGGGAAGCAAGGAGAACGCCUGGACGACACCCUCGCUGCUUCGACUUUGUGUGUGCACCUGGUCAAGUUUUUGGCGGGAGCUCGUACCCGGCUCACCGAAUUCAUUCGUGAAGCAUGUGCUCUACCUCCUUUGGGCUCUGCCUCGCAUGGCCCUUCCGAACUAUGGCCUUGCAAUCUUCCGCCUCUUCAGCCUUCUCCCGACAGACGGCUGGUUGGCAGGCGCAAGGCGCGGUGGCAUCUUCGAAACCUUUGCAGGCUGUGGACCCGCCACUUGGUUGCAGCGGGAAACUGGCUGGCUCUGGGACGAACAGAGAUGCAUCCUGCAGCCUUGCCGCCCCUCAGUGCGGUGCAAACUGCAAUGCUUGCUCGCCUUGAGAGGCAGGUCAUGGUUUGGCUCCGCCUGGGCACAGGCCCCAGACGCGGACUUGAACGUGCAGUCCAGAAGUUUGGCAGCAUGGAAGAACAGUUACAGUCACUUUUACAGCAAAGCCACCACUUACAGUGAGGUGAACAGCAUUGCUUCGUUCAAUCCAGAAAGGCAAGCAGGGAUCGGGUAUGGCCCGCUUCAAUCUGGAAAAUCCUCCUCUACCAGCAGCCUGCGCAUCAAGCCUGACAGAUUGGUUUUCGAGGUGGCCCCCCAGUUUGAUGCUUCUCGGUUCCUAGUUGACCCUCUCCUUAAGAGUGGCUUCGCAGACCCAAGAGCCUUCCUGAAGCCCGAAACCUGCUGGCCAAAAACGAAGCUAGCCCGAGUGCAAGCCGACCGUGAUGAUCAGCUGGCCCUUUACAAAAAGUGGGACCUAGUGGACUCUUUGAACAUUGUCCAACUCCGGCCGAUACGCUCUCCACCCUCGAAACAGCGAACCUGGGAAGACUCCGUGAAUGUGGUUCCGGGCUGCGUGGGCAUCGCUGACAAUGAAGUUGUGAUAAAAAUCCUUAAGGCCCUGGGUACGAGCUGCUAUGUAUCGAUGACCAUGCAUAUCUUCUGCGAGUACCUCGUAAAGCUGUUUCCAAAGAGCCUCCUCCCUCCCGUUUUCCAUGACAUUGCGCAACAUGCCCGCGGUGAGAUUUUCGCCCUUUCUCAUGAUGCAAAGCAGGAGCUGAUGCUACUUAUCCUUUUUGCACCUUGCAUGACGACGGACCUGAGGGCGAGCAAGGUGCAGCCUUUCGGUUUUGACCCAGACGAGCCCAUCACUCGGGGCGGCGCAUUGCUCGCCAUGAGGGCAGCCUUGAUUAUGUGGAUUGCAGAUUUGAGCCUGACGCUUCAAUGGAAAGUUCUCUUGCAAUAUCGUUUCAAGCGUGUGAACCACAUCAAUGUCAACGAGGAGCUUUCUUUCCGAAGCCUGCUCAAACACCUUGCAAAAACCGAACCGAAUUCUCGUUUUGGGGCCUUGCUGGAUAGUCGAGUCACUAUCGGUUGCAACUCGAAGGGCAGGUCAAGCAGUCAGAAGCUUAACUUCUAUUUGUCAACAGUUCUUCCACAUAUUCUGGGUGCAGGGCUUUAUCCGAGUCUUUUCCAUGUCGGCACCGAUGAUAAUGUGGCUGACGAUCCCUCGCGCUUGAAACAGCUCAGGGAGCGCUUGGAAGUUCAGCCCUUUUGGUUAAAGCAACUGCUCAGUGGCUCAAAGCGCAUUCUCGAUUUGGUCAAGAUUACUGACGACAUCUUGGGACCAGCGGGGUUGUGGGCCCGGUUGACGGUUCUGCAGCUCUACAAGAGAGAGCAUGACCAGUUCCAGUGCACUUUUUCUCAGCUCGCAAGCUCUGGGCUGCUACUCUGCACUACGCUGAUUGCUUUCGGCAAGUGGGAGGAAGAGGAGCCAACAGAGAGGUCCAUGGUGAUGCCGGAGGCGAUGAUCAGAGCAGCUGUCACAGUUUCUUUGAUGUGGGGUUGGCCGCUUUUCGCUGCUACUUUACUGCUGGGUUUUCAUGGCCUCCUCAGGCCAGGCGAGUUUCUGUACUUGACCAGGGAAGAGCUGAUCCUGCCCAGGGACUUGCUCACCGCGACCCAGCUGGCAUUUGUACGCAUUACGGACGGCAAGACUCGGCGCUUUAUGCGUCGGCAACAUGCUCGCAUCUCUGAUCACAAGACGGCAAUGUUUCUGGAUGCGCUUUUCGGGCAUCUACCUCCCGGCGCUUCCCUCUUCAACUGCUCACGUGAAGUGCAUCGUACCCGUUGGAAUGCCGUCUUCUCCCACCUGCAUGUGGCCACCUCUGAAGCUGAUAAGGGUGUCACUCCGAAAACUUUGCGAGGCUCAGGAGCGACAUGGCUCUAUCAAAGAACAGAAGACGUUGAAAAGAUUCAGUGGCGUGGCCGGUGGCAACAACGCAAGACGCUUGAGUAUUACCUACAGGGCUCGCUGUUCUGGCUCUGCGAGCGGCGACAGCUACGUAACAUGAUUGGAAUGGAGCUCCAGUGUUUGAAGAUGGGCCUGAGAGCCUACCUCCUGCUCCUUUCGACGUUUGUGCAGUCUGCCAAGUUCGGCGAUCAUGCAAAGCAGCUCGCCUGCGCACUCGGGAUACUUGUUAGCAGCAGAGCAAAAGUGACGAGCCAUCUUUGGCUUGCUAAAGAUUGUGAAGAAGCGAUGCCUGUUGCUUGUAGCUUUUGGGGCCCACCCAGCCCGCCCGGAAUGGAGCUCCAGUGUUUGAAGAUGGGCCUGAGAGCCUACCUCCUGCUCCUUUCGACGUUUGUGCAGUCUGCCAAGUUCGGCGAUCAUGCAAAGCAGCUCGCCUGCGCACUCGGGAUACUUGUUAGCAGCAGAGCAAAAGACUCGCCCUGA